CUUUAUCCCUGUUUUUUUCUUCCCAAUUAUUCCCAUCACUGCAAAAGCGCCGUAACAGGCAAAAAGGCUCCGCCGCCUCUCUACCCGUCAAUCUUAUCUGUAUCUACCUCUCUGUUCUCCUCUUCCACAGCAGUCCGCAUACUGACCUUACCAUCGGCGAAAGCUAUUCUGGAAUUCGAAGCAUGAGUAUUACUCGGGGCUUAUUAAGCUCUGUUAUCCAGUUCCGGAUCCAAGCCCACGUCGUCGAUGGAGGCAACGACGAGUGAAGAGAUCCGAAGAUUGGGAGAGGAUAUACUGAAUAAAAGAGGGUUUUCGAAGGCUUGAAGCGGAGAAAAGCGAAAUGCUGGGCACGGGCGUGAACCUCAUCACCACAGUCAUAGGGUUUGGAAUGAGUGCGACCUUCAUCAUCUUCAUCUGUGCUCGAUUGAUCUGCGGCCGGAUCCGUUCUUCGGAAUCCCGAGCCGCCGCUUUCAGCCACGAGCUCCGCUCCGAUCUGUACACGACAGAACAUUCAUUUCAUGGUCCAGAGCCAAUUAACGUCGCUGCAAUUCCCACAAUGAAAUACUGUCGCGAGGCUUUCCGCUCCAAGGAAGAUGCCCAGUGUUCGAUAUGCUUAGGGGAAUACGAAGACAAAGAGAUGUUGCGAAUACUGCCUGCAUGCCUCCACAACUUCCAUCUAACUUGUAUAGAUGUAUGGCUACAGAAGCAACCAACAUGCCCAAUCUGUCGUUUGCCAUUAAAUGUGACUCAUGAAGGGAGAUUGGCAUCUCCUUUCACGAGAUCCCGACAAAUUGAUGGAGACGAGUUCUCCAAUAAUCAUUCGAAUGCUCGGCUUCUACCAACCCAUCAUCAUACAGGAAUCGGUGGCAGUAACUUCGAAAUGAAUGAGACUAUAUCUGUAGUGAUCCGAUUUCAAGGAGGAGAACAUGAGAAUGGUGCUUAGUGAAGCAGCGAAGUGCAGGAAGUUGGCUUGUUGUUCUCAGAGUUUAGAAUUGCUUGAAGGACUCUUGGAUCUUAAUUUGGAGGAGUUGUAGGUGGUUUAGCAGUGUCAAAGGAAUCCAUGAAGGCGGCCGCAAAAUGAUUGGGUAUGAGAUCUAGUCUUCUCAAGCCCGGUCCCCUUUUGAUGUUGUAAUUUAUUGUUCUAGCGAGGAUAGCAAGAUGAGUUUUUUUUU